AUGAAAUCCUUUAUUAAAGUUGCUCCCGAUUCUCAUUUCCCCAUUCAGAAUUUGCCGUAUGGCAUCUUUUCUACUGUUGAGAAUCCAAAUCCACGCGUUGGAGUAGCAAUCGGAGACGAGAUUUUAGAUUUAUCAGUUAUCCAUGCGCUAAUCGAGAAACAUGUCCCAGAAUUGGGGCAAAAACCAAUGAUUUUUAAAGAGUCGUCUCUCAAUUCUUUUAUGUCAUUAGGUAGACCAAUAUGGAAAGCUGUGCGUAAAUGCCUUCAGAACAUUCUGUCUGCUGACAAUUCAGAAUUGCGGGAUGAUGCUGAAUUGAGAGCGAAGGCAUUUGUUGCUCAAAAUUUAGCAAAUAUGCAUUUACCAGCACAAAUCGGAGAUUAUACGGAUUUCUAUGCUUCAAAAGAGCACGCGACGAACGUUGGAACCAUGUUUAGAGGAAGCGAUAAUGCACUAAUGCCCAACUGGACGCAUCUACCAGUUGGAUAUCAUGGUCGUUCGUCGUCUGUAGUUGUCUCUGGUACUGCUUUAAGACGCCCGUGUGGACAACGAUUGUUAGCCAAAAAUAAUCCACCAGUAUUUGGUGCUUCGAUACGACUGGACUUUGAAUUGGAGAUGGCUUUCAUUAUCGGAGUUGGCAAUGAACUUGGCAACGCAAUCCCUAUUAACAAAGCGAAUAAUCACAUAUUUGGAGUUGUCUUAAUGAACGAUUGGAGUGGUCCGUUCUUGGGGAAAAACUUUGGGACGAGUAUCUCGCCAUGGGUUGUAACUCUUGAUGCAUUGGAGCCGUUUUUAGUAAAAGGACCCGAACAGAAACCAGAACCGCUUCCUUAUCUCCGGGAUAAUGGCCCAUCUGCGUACAAUGUUCAGCUGGAAGCAAAGAUCAAACCUUAUGACAGCAAUGCGUACAAGACGGUAACUCGCUCCAAUUUAAAAUACAUGUACUGGUCGUUCAAACAGCAAAUAGCUCAUCACACCGUGGGUGGUUGUAAUAUGCGCCCAGGUGAUUUGUGUGGCACAGGAACUAUUAGUGGUCCGUCUGAAGGUUCUAGAGGCUCUUUACUCGAACUUACGUGGAACGGACAGAAUGAAAUAGAUUACGAUAAUGGUAUAAAGCGUAAGUUUAUCGAAGAUGGAGACGAAGUAGUCCUCACUGGUUAUUGUCAGGGGGAGGGUUAUAUAGUAGGAUUUGGAGACUGUAGCGGUAAAAUAUUACCUGCUAUUAAUAGUCCAUGA